CUGUCUGGUCCGUGCCCAGCCGGGCCUCAGCCCCGCCCACCGCCCUCAAUGGGGAAGGGACUUGGGUCACCAUAAGGAGGGGCCACGCAGAUUUAAAUGCCUGUGGCGCGGGGCUCGGGUGUGGAGGGAGCAGAGAGACCGCGGACGCCGCCGCACCAGCCCUUGUCACACGCAGCAGGUCACACGUGAACCUUCAGCAAGUUCUGCACUCACCAGUUGUCCGUGAUGAACGGCCAACCCCCUCCCCGUGAUGUCGUGAUUGCCAACGGCAUUGAGCAGCCCAUUGCCCCUAAAAUCAUGAAGCACCAGUUGGGAGCCGGCACCCAUUCCAGGCCCCAAGCAGAGGCUGCCCCACCUACCACAGCCGGAAGUAUUGCUGGGGUGUACGUGGAGGCCUCAGGGCAGACCCAGAGCUUCUAUGAUGCCAUGAAGCAGGGCCUCCUGCCUACUGGGCUUGGGCUGGCCUUGCUUGAAUCCCAGGCAGCCACUGGGGGCCUUGUGGACCUCGCCCAGGGCCAGAUGCUUCCUGUGUCUGAGGCCCUAAGGCAGGGUCUGGUGGGACUGGAGCUAAAGGAGAAAUUGUUGGCUGCUGAGCGUGCAGUUACUGGCUAUCCUGACCCCUAUGGGGGUGGAAAGCUGGCCCUCUUCCAGGCCAUCAGGAAGGAAAUUGUGGAUAAGACCCUGGGGAGGAGAUGGCUGGAGGCCCAAUUAGCUACUGGGGGCCUGGUGGACCCAACCCAAGGUGUACGAGUGCCCCCAGAGGUAGCCUGCCAGCAGGGCCUUUUAGACAAGGAGACAUGGCUCAGCCUGGUGGAGUCAGAGCCCAGCAUGGAUGCCCCAGGUUUUCUUGACCCCAAUACCCUGGAACAGCUGCCAUACAGCAUGCUGUUGGGUAGGUGUGUGCAAGACCCCAGCUCAGGGCUGCUCCUAUUGCCCUUGAAGACCACCUUCCACACCCUGGGGGGAGCAGCCAGCGCCUCCAUGCUGCUGGAGGCAGGAGUACUGGAUGAGGAGACAGUCCGCGGCCUGCAGGAGGGCACACUGGUGGUGUCAGAUGUGGGCACACGCCCAGAGGUGCAACGCUAUCUGGAGGGCGUUGGAGGGUUGGCCGGGGUUGUCCUGCUGCCUGGAGGCCACAAGAAGAGCUUCUUCCAGGCUGCAGGGGAACACUUGCUCUCCAAGAGCAUUGCACUACAACUCUUAGAGGCUCAGGCCGCUACCCGCACCCUUGUGCACCCCGCCACAGGUCAGCGACUGUGGGUGGAAGAGGCAGUUAGGGAAGGUCUGGUUGGCCCAGAACUCCAUGAGCAGCUCCUGGUUGCAGAGCAGGCAGUAACUGGGUAUUGCGACCCCUUCAGCGGCUCCCGCAUCCCCCUCUUCCAGGCAAUGAAGAAGGAGCUUGUGGACCAGCCGCUGGCUCUGCGCCUCCUGGACGCCCAGCUGGCCACAGGUGGGCUUGUAUGCCCCGCCCGCAGAUUCCGGCUGCCCCUGGAGGCUGCCCUGCGCUUUGGCUGCCUGGAUGAAGAGACUCAGCAACGUCUCUCUCAGGCAAUGAGCUUUUCAGAUCCCACCACACAUGACAGCCUUCGCUAUGAACAGCUGUUGGCCCGCUCUGUCACUGACCCAGAGACGGGGCUGGCUUUCCUGCCUCUCCCUGGAGAGCCCCAUGCAAAGGAACCCCAGGGACCCACAUUUAUUGAUCACUGUACUCGACAGGCCUUGAGCAAGGCCACAACCUCUGUCUCUGUAGGGAGGUUCCAGGGCCGGCCUGUAUCCCUCUGGGAAGUGCUCUUUUCUGAGGCAGUGCCCGUUAAACAGAGGGCAAUGCUUGCCCAGCAGUUCCAGAAAGGGGCCCUGUCAGUGGAGGCGCUGGCCGCUGAGCUGAAGGCCAUUGUUGAGCAGGCCGCAGCCACUGCCAAAGUCACCUUUGCUGGGUUGAGGGACACGGUGACCCCGGGAGACCUGUUGGAGGCUGAGAUAAUCAACCAGGACCUGUUUGAGCAGCUGGAACGAGGACAGACCUCAGCCCAGGAUGUGGGCAGCCUGGACUCGGUGCAGAGGUACCUGCAGGGCACAGGAUGCAUUGCAGGUCUACUGCUACCUGACUCCCAGGAACGCCUCAGUAUCUAUGAGGCCCGUAGCAAGGGGCUCCUCAGACCCGGUACUGCCCUGAUCUUGCUUGAGGCCCAGGCCGCCACAGGCUUUAUCAUUGACCCAAAAGAGAACAAGAGAUACUCUGUGGAGGAGGCACUAAGGGCUGGUGUCAUCGGACCUGAUGUAUAUGCAAAGCUGCUGUCCGCUGAGCGCGCUGUCACCGGCUACACGGACCCCUACUCUGGGGAGCAGAUCUCCCUCUUCCAGGCCAUGCAGAGGGAGCUUAUUGUCAAAGACCAUGGCAUCCGCCUGCUGGAGGCCCAGAUCGCCACCGGUGGUGUCAUCGACCCUGUGCACAGCCACCGUGUGCCCGUGGAGGUGGCCUACCAGCGCGGCUACUUCGAUCAGAUGCUGAACUCUAUCCUGUUGGACCCAUCUGAUGACACCAAGGGCUUCUUCGACCCCAACACGCACGAGAACCUCACCUACCUGCAGCUGCUGGAGCGCUGUGUACACGACUCCGAGACGGGCCUGCACCUCCUGCCGCUUAGCAGCACACGGCCCCAGCUGGUAGAUAGCUCCACUCGGCAGGCCCUCCAGAACCUACUGCUCUCUGUGAAAUACGGACGGUUCCGGGGGCAGCGAGUGUCUGCAUGGGAGCUCAUUAACUCGGAAUACUUCAGAGAGGACCAGAGGAGGCAGCUGCUGCGGCGUUAUCGGCAGCGCAAGGUCACCCUGGAGCAGGUCGCUCAGCUGCUGGAGAAAGAGAUGAAGAGGUGGGCGGAUGUCACGUUGCCCGCACUGAGGGGCCAGGUCACUGCCUACCAGCUCUUUGAAGCCCGCAUCAUCACCCAGGAGCUCCUGGACCAGGUGCUGACCGGGGCGCUCAGCCCAGAUUCCCUCCUUCACAGGGAUGAUGUUCACAGGUCCCUUCAGGGCUCAGGCACCGUGGGCGGUGUGCUGCUACAGCCCUCCAACCAGCGGGUCAGUCUCUACCAGGCCAUGAAGCAGAAGCUGCUGGCCCCUGGUGUAGCACUGGCCUUGCUGGAGGCCCAAGCGGCCACCGGAGCCAUCACAGACCCCUGCGGUAUGGAGACCCUGUCAGUAGAUGAGGCUGUGAGCAGGGGAGUGGUGGGGGCAGAGGUAUAUGGCAAGCUGAAGCGGGCAGAGCAGUCUAUCACUGGCUACAGAGACCCCUUUUCUGGAAAAAAGGUGCCCCUGUUCAGGGCCAUGAAGAAGGGCCUUGUUCCUAUGGAGCAGGCAACCCGCCUGUUAGAGGCCCAGGUGUCCACAGGAGGAGUCAUUGACCCCACAACCCACCUCCACCUCCCCAUGCCCGUGGCAGUCGAGCGUGGCUGCCUUGAUCAAGAGAUGGAGGUGGCCUUGUCCAGCUCUCCUGAGACCUUUCCCACCCCUGAUGGCCGGGGACACACCAGUUACGCCCAGCUUCUGCAACAGUGUCUCCAGGAUAAAGCCUCCGGGCUUCACCUCCUGCCCCUGACGGAAGAUGCUCCUGUUAUCCCCACUGACACAGAGAUCCAGGAGACCCUGCAAGCAUCAGCUGGCACUGAGGAUGGUUUGUCCCUCUGGGAUCUGCUUACCUCUUGCCACUUUACCGAGGAACAGCGGAAGGGCUUCCUUGAGGAUGUGAGGGUUGGGAAGAUGUCAGUGUCACAGCUACAGGACACCGUGCAAAGCUGGGUGCACGAAGCAAAGCUCCUGGCCCAGGCCCGCAUCACUGUGCCAGGCCCACGGGGUGAGGUCCCUGCCAUUUGGCUACGAGAUACUGGUAUUAUUACUCAAGAGACACUGGAAGCAUUGGCCCAGGGCAUAGAAUCACCUGCCGAGGUAGCCAAACAGCCUGCUCUGAAGGCCUGCCUCUGGGGCACAGGCUGUGUGGCCGGUGUGCUUCUGCAGCCCUCGGGGACCAAGUUGAGCAUUGCCCAGGCUGUAAGGGAUGGCCUCCUGCCCACAGGCCUGGGCCAGCAGCUGCUGGAGGCCCAAGUGGCAUCUGGCUUCCUCGUCAACCCACUAACCAACCAGAUAUUGUCAGUGGAGGGUGCAGUGAAGGCCGGCCUGGUAGGCCGGGAGCUGAGUGAACAGCUUCAGCAGGCAGAGAGAGCUGUCACAGGAUACUCAGACCCUUACUCGGGAGGCUCCCUUUCUCUAUGGCAGGCCAUGGAGAAGGGACUUGUCCCCAAGAGUGAGGCCUUUCCUCUCCUACAAGUCCAGCUGGCCACGGGGGGUGUUGUGGACCCUGUCCAUGGAGUGCACCUGCCCCAGGCAGUGGCCUGCAAGCUUGGCCUCCUGGAUGAGCAGACAAGCCGGGUGCUGACUGCCCCUGAGGAGGAAAACAAGCUCUUCUUUGAUCCCAACGCCCGGGAAAAGGUGACGUACCAGCAGCUCAAGGGACUCUGCGUGCUGGAUGCUGACACUGGCCUGUGGCUGCUACCACUGCCCCAGGAGACUGUGCUCGAGGUGGACGACCACACCGCAGUGGCGCUGAGGGCGAUGAAGGUGCCCAUCAGCAUGGGGAGGUUCCAAGGACACAGCGUGUCCCUCUGGGACCUGCUACACUCUGAGUAUGUUGGAGCUGAAAAGCGGCGGGAACUGGUGGCACUUUGUUGUUCCGGGCGGGCUGCUGCCCUGCGGCAGGUCAUCAGCAUGGUCACCACUCUGGUGGAGGCUGCGGAGAAGCAGCCCCCACAGGCCACCUUCAAAGGGCUCCGGAAACAGGUUUCAGCUGGGGACUUGUUUAGGUCCCAGCUGAUCAACAAGCAGACGCUGGAUGAGCUCAAUCAGGGGAAGAGGACGGUCCAGGAGGUGACAGAGAUGGACAGUGUGAAGAGGUCCCUGGAAGGUGGCAACUUCAUCGCUGGGGUCCUUAUUCGGGGUACAAAAGAGAAGAUGAGUAUCCCAGAGGCCUUGAGAAGGCACAUUCUGAGGCCAGGCACAGCCCUGGUGCUGCUAGAGGCCCAGGCAGCCACCGGUUACAUCAUCGACCCUGUGGAGAACCGGAAGCUAACGGUAGAGCAGGCCUUCCAGGCAGGGAUGUUUGGCAAGGAAACCUAUAUGAAGCUGCUGUCCGCUGAGCGCGCUGUCACCGGCUACACAGACCCCUACACUGGGGAGCAGAUCUCCCUCUUCCAGGCCAUGCAGAGGGAGCUCAUCGUCAGGGACCAUGGCAUCCGCCUGCUGGAGGCCCAGAUUGCCACGGGUGGCAUCAUCGACCCCGUACACAGCCACCGUGUGCCCGUGGACGUGGCCUACCAGCGUGGCUACUUCGAUGAGGAGAUGAACCGCAUCUUGGCUGACCCGAGUGAUGACACCAAGGGCUUCUUCGACCCCAACACGCACGAGAACCUCACCUACCUGCAGCUGCUGGAGCGCUGUGUGGAGGACCCCGAGACGGGCCUGUACAUGUUGGAAAUUGUAAAGAAGGGAGAAAACUAUGCGUAUGUUGACGAGGCCACAAGACAAGCUCUGCGAUCCAGAACCGUGGAAAUGUACGUCGGGAAGUUUGCAGGCCAGACGGUGUCUGUGUGGGACCUGCUGUCGUCACAGUACUUCACAGAAGGAAGGAAAAGGAAGCUUUUGCAGGAGUACAGAGCCCAGAACAAAAGCCUAGAGGAACUGCUGGAGGUUAUCACCACCACCGUGGAAGAAACAGAGAAGCAAAACCAAGUAUUCAAGGUGGCAGGCAUCCAUGGUGACGUGACCGCUGCGGAACUGUUCAACUCUGGGAUCCUUGAUAAGAAGACCCUGGAUGGGCUGCACAGUGGAGACAGAGGGUGCCGGGAUCUCCGCCAGCUGGAGCAGGUCAAGCCCUACCUGGAAGGCAGCAGCUGCAUUGCUGGGGUGACGGCACCCCUCACCCAGGAGGUAAUGAGCUUCUAUGAGGCCAGCAAGGAAGAACUCAUCCCAGCAGGAUUUGCAGCCCAGUUGCUGGAGGCGCAGGCUGCUACUGGGUAUCUCAUGGACCCCCGCAGCCACCAGAGGCUGGGGGUGGACGAGGCCAUAGCAGCUGGCCUGGUGGGCGAAGACCUGAGAGAAAGGCUUUUGAAUGCCGAGAAGGCAGCUAAGGGCUACAAAGACCCAGCCACAGGGGAGACCAUCCCACUCUUCCAGGCCAUGGAGAAGAAGUUGGUUAGGAGGGAGGAGGCCCUGAGGCUGCUGGAGGUACAGGUGGCCACAGGCGGGGUCAUUGACCCUGCCCACCACCACCGAGUCCCCUUGGACACGGCCUGCAGGCGCGGCUGUCUGGGUGAUGACACAGUGGUACUCAUAGCUGAUCAGAAGCUCAUGAGGAAAAGGUUUGUGGAUCCCAACACCCAGGAGAAGGUCACGUACCAGCAGCUCCAGGACAGGUGCCAGAGGGAGGAGAAGUCAGGCUGGGCUCUGUUCCCAGUGGUCAAGGACAAAAAGGACAUGGAGUAUGUUGACGAGGCCACCAGAAGGGCUCUGGAGGCAGAGCAGGUGGAGGUGACGGUGGGGAGGUACAGAGGGCAGAGGCGAUCAGUGUGGGAGCUGCUGAACUCGGAGUAUGUGUCAGAGGAGAAAAAGAUUGAACUGGUGAAGUUGUACAAAGAGAACACAGCCCGGGCCCUGAAGAAAGUGGUAGAAGUUAUCCUGCAAAUGAUUGCACAGAAGGAAGGAAAAAACAGGCAGCUCUGGUUCCGAGGACUACGAACCCAGGUCACAGCAGAGGAAUUGCUCAGCUCAGCUGUCAUCACAAGACAGACUCUGAAGGACCUGGAGGAAGGAAGAACCACAGUAGACCAGAUCGAAAGAAAUGAAGAUGUAAAAAAAUACCUCAAGGGCACCAGCUGCAUUGCGGGUGUCCUGGUGCCCGUCCAGGGAGAGCCUGGCCGUCAGCAGAAGAUGAGCAUCUACCAGGCCAUGUGGAAGGGCUUGCUGAGGCCUGGGACAGCCCUGGUACUGCUGGAGGCUCAGGCGGCCACUGGAUUCAUCAUCGAUCCAGUGCAUGACCGCAGAAUGUCUGUGGAGGAGGCCGUGGCAGCAGGCGUGGUGGGUGGCGAGGUCCAAGAGAAACUGCUGUCAGCUGAGCGUGCUGUCACUGGUUACAGGGACCCCUACACUGGGGAGCAGAUCUCCCUCUUCCAGGCCAUGCAGAGGGACCUCAUCGUCAAGGACCAUGGCAUCACCCUGCGGGAACUGGCACAAGGGACCAAGACCCUGCAAGAGGUGACUGAGAUGGAUUCUGUCAAGCGCUACCUAGAAGGAACCAGCUGCAUUGCGGGUGUCCUGGUGCCCGUCCGGGGAAAGCCUGGCCAUCAGGAGAAGAUGAGCAUCUAUCAGGCCAUGUGGAAGGGUGUACUGAGGCCUGGCACAGCCCUGGUAUUGUUGGAGGCUCAGGCAGCCACCGGCUUUAUCAUUGACCCAGUGCUCAACCGCAGACUGUCUGUGAGGGAAGCUGUGGCAGCAGGCGUGGUGGGUGGCGAGAUCCAAGAGAAGCUGCUGUCCGCUGAGCGCGCUGUCACUGGCUACACAGACCCCUACACUGGGGAACAGAUCUCCCUCUUCCAGGCCAUGCAGAGGGACCUCAUAGUCAAGAAUCAUGGCAUUCGCCUGCUGGAGGCUCAGAUUGCCACGGGUGGCGUCAUCGACCCCGUACACAGCCACCGUGUGCCCGUGGAUGUGGCCUACCAACGUGGCUACUUUGAUGAGGAGAUGAACAGCAUUUUGGCAGAUCCUGGUGAUGAUACCAAGGGCUUCUUUGACCCCAACACACAUGAGAAUCUCACUUACCUACAGCUGUUGCAGAGAGCCACUCCUGACCCAGAGACUGGCUUAUUGUUUCUCUCCAUCUCUAAGCGCUGAAUAUUUUUAUUUUACUUUCUCAAAGGUACUUCCGGGCAUUCCUAGUCCUUUAGGUAGAUAUUCAUCAUCUCUGUAUACUUCUAUCUCUUCUUUAUCAGGGUUUAAUUUUAGGUUAUGCUCAUUUUUUUCUAUGGUUUCUGGUUUUGUUUUCCCAUGUAUCGCUUCCCUGUUUUUGUUGUUUUUCCUCUACAGACUUCUUGUGUUUUUUGGUUUGUUUGUUUGUUUUUUUACUACAAUCUCUGUGUGUCUGUGU